AUCCUACGAUACGUGAAAAGGCGGGGAAGUCGAGCACACGUAACCCGGAAUUUCCAUCAUAUUUGGAAGAUGUGCAUUUUGGGAAAUUGUGUUUCAAUGGGGAGUGUCCACGUUCAGUUUUUAGCUCAUUUCAAGUUACUUCCACGACGUUACAUAUAUAAGCUGAUAUCCGUUUUGUCAUUGGAGUUUGUUUUGAUGAUUGUUAUUACUGGUGGUGGCUUUUGCAUCUGUGCACAAAACAUUAUGUUCUUGUAUACAGAAAGAGGCUUAUAGCUUCAGACGGCUCAUCUGAUCUCCUGACACAGUGGAGGAGCUGCACCACAUUCGGGAACUAGAGCAUCGAAAGGCUCCAAGCAGCUCGCCUGGGAUGCAGUCUUCAGGCUGUUCUUGGAGAUGACAUCGGACAGCUUGGAGAAGAGAAAGAUACUUCCUCUGAAAUGCCAGCAGACAGCCUUUGAGAACGUCUACCUGAAAGCCUAAGAAGGGAUGAGGCUCCAGAAGAGCAGCUCUCCUGAAUACCUGAGGACGAGACAUUUAACCGCAAGGCCACGCUGCUGAAGAAUGUGUCGGUGGUGCUGUGCUGCAGCCCCGUCUGUGAGAAACAGUCCCUCUUCGCCCUCUUCCAGUCCUACAAGGAGAACAACAUAGAGGAGCCGCUCAUCAAAAAGCUGAGGGCAAAUCAUUUGGCUACACGUAUUUACAGUCUCAUAAAUGAUGUAUUGCAUUAAUGUUUCUUAAACUGAAAGCACUUUAUAGUGUAGGUGGAUAACUCAGCCUUUCCACCGUCACUACAUGCAGCAUCUGUCUUACUACUAUCAGUAUGCUAUGAUAUUGACAGACUGAAUGUUAAUCUGGUUUGUCCCUCACCCCAUGUAGAUCCUGGGCAGUGUGUCCAGAGUUCUGGGCUACAGGAGACUGGAGGGGUUUGUCAGCUCUCACCUGGAUUACCUGGUGGCAGAGUGGCUGGGCUAGCCUGGCUAUACCCUGGAGUCCUUCCCCUACACUCUGCUCAAUCACGCCACUCUCUUCUACAGCUAGUUGCACAUGCUUAGUUUACAUUAUACUUUAUCCCAUAAGUUGUAUGUCAAUAAAAUUACUUUUAGUGAAUUUACUGAUCUGACAGAAUUGGAGUGAAUUGAGGUAAAAGCAGAGUUUCUACCAUAUUGCUUUCUCCUAUUCAAUCAUGUCAGAUCACCUUAAGGAAGGAAGGAAUGGUGCAUCUACGUAAGAUUGAUUUAUUCAUUGUUUCUUUAUUUUCUCCCAGCUCCUCCUAUCAGGUCCUUAUCCCACACCUGGUCUUCCUGGAUGACUUUGAGCAGGUGAAGUCCAUUGGCACCCACCUGGGUAAUGACUGGAAGAAGCUGCUGGCCAACUGCUUCCGUAAGAUCAUGGUGAACAUCCUGCCCUACUUUGUCCUGUCGGGCCAGGACACCCAAGUGGCCCAGCAGCGAGAGAAGGCCCACAGGGUCUAUGACCUCCUCAAGGACUACAACUGCCUGGGAAAACCGCAAAUCGACAGCCUGAUUCACAGUAACCUGGCGGACAUAGUGGUGGAGCUGUUGAUGACCCUGUAUGAUGAGGCUGCUACUAAGGGGGGCAGAGGGGACCUGAGGAGGUGCUUAGGGGAACUGGACCCAGCCCCAAACCCACCCUCCUUCAGCUCCAAUAUUAACAUAGCCACACUGGACUACCUCAGCAAAUGUCACAGUGCCAGUCACAAGUCCCUGGUGGCCAUUUUAUCCAAGACACUGAGGAUCCUGCUGGCGGUGUGUCAGAAGGCAUGUGAGACGAUCAAUGCCUACGAGAGGCACCAUCCUGCUGAUGUACCACAUGCUUGUCAGUCUGCUGCUCAGGGAGGUCAAGGACGGCCUGGGGGAGCCUGGGCCUUCGUCCUCUGAGACAUUAUCGACACACUUAUCAACCGCAGUUGGACAAGUUGUCGAGCCGUAGUUUCUCCCUGUUGUGACCUACUGACCUCUGUGUCCCACGGCCGUGUAGUUCUGUGACGACACUGGACUGCCACCUACAGGUCAUUGUUGGUACUCACUGCCCAGGUGACCAACCAACUUGCCAUCUCACAGCAGAAGGUGCAGUGGGAGUUUAAGCUGGAAAAGAGGGCUCUGUCCAACCUGCAGGUUUAUAGAAGGAACUUCCUGUAGAGAACUACAUCCAGUGUCUGGAGCAGGGUGAGGAGCACGACAACUGGGUGUUCUGCCUGGCCUCACUGUGGUUGGAGAACGCUGACAUCAAGACAGACAAUGACAUGAGGAUGAGAGAAACUACAGUUUGUUUUACUAUUAGUGCUUCAGGGAGGUGUGAAGAGGAUCCCAUCCUAUUAGUUUCUGCCUCUCGUGAACCAGCAGGCUGCCUGCACGGAGAUCAAACAUGUCUGCUAAAGUGGCAGAGGAUGUGGGUUUCCAUGAUGUUCUCAAUGAGUACCAGGAGUCAGGUCCCUACGCCCCUAACGAGGGUUUCCAUGAGGGUAAGGGGGGGCCCUCCACUCAACCCCUCUGCGGAGGAACUACCCCAGUUUGUACACGAACUGGGCCCUGCACCUCCUGAUAGCGCUACCUCCAUUUUUUGACAGUUGUUACAUGCAUACAUUUUGCCCUUUUCCUGUCAGACUAAUGUAAUAUCGUAAUUGAGAAACAAAUGUUUUGCGUUUAAAGCCUUUUUAGUAGUACGAAUGAGUAGGUCUUUGAUUAUGUUAAAGAAGAAUGUAGAAGAAUUCAUCCAUCAAGUACAUAGGGACCACUGUCAUCAGUGUGCUCCUUCUAUUGGUUGCUGGGAUACUACUUAAGUACUUGUUUUUCCCCUCUUAUCAUUCGGCAUCUACCCUAAGACCUUGGCAUACGUCAUUCACUUCAAUUUGAUGAAUAAAACUUGUUCCCUUCCGACCAUCCUUA